CUAUAAGACAAUAAUUAACUUCAGGAUUGCGAACAAUUCUUACAAUGAUUAAUCUAUGGUGAUGUAAAUUAAAUAAUGAUUAAAUGAAAUUGAGAUAAUGUUAUCUUACGAAAGAUCUUAACUAGAAUAAAUAAAUAUUGACGAAUGAAUUAAUUGAUCACAUAAUUCUGUUUUUCUAUAAAUUGAUCAGUAUUGUGAUAAUAGGACGCACUUCUGUAAGUGCAAUUACGAUAGGGGAUUUAGUGUUUGCUUGUUAUGAUACCUAACAUAUUGUUGUACUCUCCAAUAUAUUUGUUGGUUUUAAUGUUGGUUGUAUGUUGAAUUUUAGGGAGGGCGAAUUGCUGAAGGUUGAUUCUGAUAUGGGCAGGACUUCCUCCAGGAGCUUUUUGGUUGGAUUAUAGUUCUUCAGUGGUGUGAUUAUCCAAUUGCAUUAACGCACUCCUCUGAAGCUUUGA